CCCAGUUGCGAGAAUCAUAUCGAGAGCGUCGUCUUCAGCAGCCACUCGCCGUUCUUGUCCGCCGCCGGAGCGUCUGUACGCGCCGCCGGAGAGCCCGGGCACGUCCCCUAGGCGCGGGUACGAUAACACCCAAAGCCCCUCUCCACGGCUUCUUCUCCGCCGUCCCAUACCGGCGCGGUACCGUCGGCGCUCGGUGCGCUACCUCUCCGCAUCGCCGGCUGCGCGGUUUCGGCUCAACCCCAUCGCGUCCCUGCUGCCUCGACCCCGUCCGCAGUUCUCGUGAUUGGUUUCUAAGCUGCAGCAGAGACAGUGCAUGGCCGCGGCACCACAUCACCUGCUCUAUGAAUUCGCCAAGGCUGCACUCAUCAAGAUAUUUGCAUUUCCUUAUGCCACGGUCUGCGACAUGUACUGCAACGGUGGAGCUGAUACAGAAAAGUGGGCUGAUGCCCAAGCUGGUCGCUACAUAGGAAUUGAUGCUUCUGCGUCAGCUGUCAGUAGUGACGACCGUGAACUGUGGGAGAACAAAUGGAAACCUUUCACCACUGAGUUCAUCGAGUUGAAUCCUUCUGCUGAUGACUUUGAAGCUCGGUUGCAAGAAAAGGGCAUCCAAGCAGAUAUAGUUUGCUGCAUGCAGAAUUUACAGUUAUGCUUUGAAAGUGAGGAGCACGCAAAGAAGCUUCUCAAUAAUGUAUCAUCAUUGCUCAAACCUGGAGGCUAUUUCUUUGGCAUAAUUCCUGAUUCAUCUACAAUAUGGACUAAAUAUCAAAAGAAUGUUGAGGCUUCACAUAAUAAGGGUCUGAAGGUUGUUCCAAAUAGCAUCCGCUCUGACAACUAUACAAUUACCUUCGAAAUCGAGGAAGAAAAGUUUCCCUUCUUCGGAAAGAAGUACCAACUCAAAUUUGCAAAUGAAGCGAUGUUUGAGAAUCAUUGCCUAGUCCACUUUCCCAGCCUUAUGAGAUUAGCAAGGGAGGCUGGACUUGAAUAUGUGGAGAUCCAGAACUUGACUGAGUUUUAUGAUGACAACAGAACACAGUUUGCUCCAAUGCUUGGUAGUUGUGGUGCCAAUUUGGUUGACCCUCGUGGAAAGCUCAUUGCUCGUUCCUAUGAUAUUUUAGGCCUGUAUUCGACUUUUGUAUUCCAGAAGCCUGACCCAGAUGCAAUACCACCUGCUGUAACACCUGACCCAGAUGAAGUGCAGGAGCGGCUCUGGAGGCAGCAGGCGGCAGCGGAUGAUUUGAGGCGCCCACAGGGAGAGGUGAUGCCAAUAGACCCUGAUCAGAAAGGGAUCCUGGGCCCAGGACCUGCAGAUAUGAGGCUUAAUUAGUUUGUCAGAAAACUCAGAUGUAGAUAUAGGCUUGGGGGUAAUUGUGCUCCCUCAGUUGAUGGUGCAUGGCCAUGCUUGUGACCUCCCCUGUGUCGCUAGUUGAUCUGAAGCUCAUGUCAAAAGGGAAAAAGGUUGAGCUGAAGCUCACGCUGGUGGCUGAUGCAAGUUUGGGCAUUCAUUGAUGUCCACCAGGCCAAUUUCCAUGUGUGCUGUCAUCACCAGUAGUCUAAUUUCAAGUCAUGUUGCAUUAGGUCCUAACUAGUAGUACAAGGUAUUUUGUGUGUGUGUGUAGAGGUACACUUAAGUUGCGUGCUUUGUAUAACAUGGCUUUUCAGAAUUUUGUGGUAGUGUGACCGUGAAAGACUAUCUUUCAGAUGAUACAACUAUUGGUGAAAACAGUUUUUAAUCAA